CCACAUAUGGCACUGGGCUGGAAUCAAACCCAGGCCACAUUGGUGGGAGGCAAGCGCUCUCACCACUGCGCCAUCCUUUCUCCCCCUGCUCCACCUUGCUGAACCAUUCAAUUCAUUGUACACACAGAAUUUGCAGUUCAAAUAAUUUCACACCCAAACAAUUACAUUUCUAAUCAUUUCAGUCACCUAAGUUUACAGCUCCAAUCAUUUUACUUACCUAAAUGACAGCUCAAAUCAUUUGUACUCCUUAAAAUAACAGUGGUUUUCACACUCCAAAAAAAUAAAUAAAUAAAUAAAAAUAACAUUUCAUGAUAUAUCCACUCCCCUUAAAAUUACAAAAUAAUUACAGAAAUCAAGUUACGUACAAAUAAAAUGCAAUUCAAAUCUAACGCACGCCUGAAAACCAUUUUACAUGCCUAAAACAUUUGUAAUAAUUGUUAAAAUCAUUACCGUUUUACUCUCCAUUCAUCCAUCCCUGUUUCCCUCCUCCUCUCAGUCAGGCCAAAAUGGCACCCAAGAAUUUCCCAGCCAGGCGCCAAUGAGGUUAAUCUACCCGUUGCCUAAAUAUUUCGUGGGAGCAGUAUCUACCUUCAAUCCGCCUCACAUUAUUAUUCACGAUGGAAACUUGCAUUUCAAAUCAUUAGCAUUUCAUACUCAUUUCAUGCCUUUAUACACAUAUGCAUAACCACUAUGGCAUGACUGAGGUUGGGUUCAAAUUUAGAAUCUGUAGCUGAUGUGAAGCUGCUUACAAAUGAUACUAUACAUGUAGUUAGUAAAUGCCACAACUGAAAACUACUUACAUGCCAAGUGGUCUUUUUGCAUGCGUCAAGUGAAUUGUUUAAUCACACAGAAGAAAAAAAUUCAAUUUAAACUGCUAUUAGAUUAGAUCAAGGGCUUAGCCGAUAGGAAUUUAAAUUUUUUUACUAUAAUUAAUGUUCAUCGUAAAUGUAAUGUAUACUACCAGAAUAUUGAGUAUUUUCAAAUAAUUUUAAUAGCGAAUCUUGGUUCUUUUAGUUGUCAAUGUAUUUUAGCAGUGAAAGUUGUAUUUUUGGGGAAUUUAUAUUUCCAAAAUGUUGAUUGAUUGAUUGAUUGAUUGAUUGAUUGACUGAUUGAUUCAGAUAAUCGUAACAUGAAUAUUAAAACUAUACUCUGCUCUGCCUUACAGACUUAUUAUUUGUUUAUUUAUCUGUUACUAUGUGACUGCUACAGUGUUUAUAUGACAAAUGUGUAAAAUAAACUGUUGAUUAUUCAGUGGGGAAGUAGUCUUACGAACUGAUCCAGUAGUCUGGCUACUCCGGCAAUACGUGAAUGUUGGUUGAUUUUCUACGAGAUACGAGAGACUUCAAAGGUAUGACAAUUUAACUAAAACUAAAAAUUGUAAACAAGAGAAAUAAAAACCAAAAUUGAAAACAGAAAAAGUAAACAAAAAAUUACUUUCUGCUUGUGGACACACUAGGAAAUGUUUUCGAGUAUUGUAGUCAGUUACAGGGCGUGAAAAUGUUGUUUCCUUAAGAGGUGUCUUUCAUACUUUCACGUUUGCGUCAAUGGCGUUUGAUACAUACUUUGUCCCAGACGUGCUAAAUCUUCCAAAUAUAAAACCCUACACUCCUAAUCUCCUCAUUUUGGACGCAAAUGGACCUAACUUUGACGUCAUCAACAUUUGGAUAUUCAUUGUACGCGAAAAGUUCAAAAGCUUGUACCUUUUUAUUGGUAUUGUGUAGGAGAGAAACACUUUGUGUCAUUCAUCUAGGUUCUGUUUUCCAGCUGAAAAAAUAAGAGAAUAAAAAGGCAAUUUUCAAAGUAGAGAACGAAAUGGAGUAUUAAAAGAGAAAGGAUUGAACAAUGAUGUGCACUGGUGUAAAAAAAAGAAUUUUUUUUCUUUUUGACAUUUGGAGAAGUUGUACAAGUAAUCUUAUCGCUUCAGUUAAAAAUCAAGUUACUUUAUUGAGUCAGCUGUUUUAAAAAUAGCAUUCUGGGGCCAAAAAUUCGGGAUUUAAGGGUGAAAUGCGGAAAUGUUUCUAAAAUGUUUUUCAUCUUUCUGUUGCGUCAGAUGUAGUCCGCCGGAUUAUUUUUUUGGCAUCCAAGUUAUUUCAAAACACAUUUUCCAAUUGCUAGAUAGUCAUAAAUUAGGUUUAACGUCAUUUAGCGCGCUUCCUUGCGUCAAUCUUGACCCCCUAGGCGUUUCAGUUAAUGGCUGAAAAAACGAGGAAGGAAAUAUAACAAUAUAACUCAGUGAAUUUAUCUCCCAUACGUACUUUCUGUGAUUGUGCUUUGAACGUAGCUUUAAGUUUGUGUGAACGUCGACUUUGUUUUUAACUUCUUUAAAGAGUUUUUAAAGAACAGUACAAUGGAUAGACUGGAUAUGUAACAAGAACGAGCUUCGUAAUUGAACAAGAGUUCACUGACUCUUCCGUAACUUUUCGAGUCCAGUCGUACUGACGUCAUCGUUACCUAUACAAUUACGAAGUGAUUAAGAUGAUUUUAAAGUUCAAAAGGUACUGCAAAUUGUUCAGUAAAAAAAAUCAAUUGUGGUGUAACCCUGAACAUUGCAUUUCAUCUUUCAUGUGUUGAGCUAAUAUGGUACGUUUCUCCUAUCACGAAUCAGAUAACUGCGAAGUUUACUAAAACUUUUUGUUUGGGUUGACAUUGAAAGAUUCAAGGCUUUCGACCUCUACUUGUUUACUUGUGAUUUUAUCGCGCUCUAAUUAGAAAAUUUGUUCAGCGCCAGCUUUCGGUCAUAUUGAAUUGCUGUAUAUCUAAUGACGUCUUUUUGUAAACCGCUUUGGAAACGAAGCACAAAGGGAAACAAUAGGAUUAUAACAAUACCGUUUACAUGCAAAUGGAUUCAAUUGGCUCUGUUUACGCGCUUGAUUGAUUGCAAAGUCUUAUUAAAUUUUAAUUUCAAGCAGGUACGUUUACAUCAGCAUGCAUACACUUGAGGAGCAAAGCAGGCGAGACUCGACAGGCUUUUGUCUGAUAAAAAGCAGUUUCUUAGCAAUCACAGUUAUCUCUGACACGUGAUUACAUUUUCUACAUGUUCGUGAGGACAGAAAAGUCCCAAAUCACUUUCGUUACUUUGUACAUCCGCGCGUAGGAAGUCAGCACAAAGGAUAUUUACCCAGACAACUUUUACUGGCGACCACAAAAGGUUAACAACAAUAAAGGAACAAGAGCGAUUGAGACGGUUCUUUUAUAAACAGUACAAGAUGACCAACGAAAGUCUGCCCUGUGGUGAUACAGAUGCGAGGUAUAGAUCAUAUGGGACUCGUUUCUCUUUGCCAGCCGCUAAUAAAGGCCCUGUAAAACCAGCUGUUUUAAAUGGCGUUGUUGGUCAAAACCGUGUUAUGAUGGAAAAGACGCUAAAGAAUGACAAAUCACCGUCAACAGUAGAGCGAAUACUGGAUUCUUUAAAAUUAUCACCCAAAUGGAGACGAAGCCCAACAGGAAAUGAGAAAAUCGAUGUGGAAAACCCUAUCAUAACCACCGCUAAUAGUCGGUCAACAAGCGAACACUUAUCGCUUGAUAAGCGUAAACACGCAACAAUAUCAACAUCGAGUUCCGACUGCUGUCCAGCGACAGAAACGUAUGAUUCUUUCUCCGAUUCCACGUACUCGCAAAGCUCAGAGACAUCGGUCAAUUCUGCCGACAGGAGAUCGCUUAAUACGACCUCAACAGAUUCUGACAACAACCGAAUAUUUCACCAAGGUAUUUCGCCAAGGAGUCGGAUAAUUUCCAAAGGCGACACUGAUGUUAUAGAUGUGGACGAGGGAUUCUUGAGGAGGGUUUUAAUGUUAAUGAAAGUUGUACUUUAUUUGAGACACAGCUUUCCUCUGAACUUGAUCCGCAGAAGAAGGGUUUAUCCAGCUGAGAGUGCUAGAAAUCAUCUGUCACCGCACAACAGUCCCAGCUUGAGUUCCAGUUCAAUGGACUCGCAGGACUCCAGUGAGUUUAGCGGGAAGAGCUCGCGGACUCGAAAACGCAUCUCGUUCAGUCCCAAGACAUUACUCUUUUCCGCCAUUACGGAAAAGGCCUUUGCGGAAGCAAAAGCUCUUCUGGAAGAACAAGAUCUAGACGUGAAUUCUCAAACACCGAACGGGCAAUCUUUGCUUCACAUCGCUGCAGCAAAUGCGGAUUUGAAAUGCAUUCAGCUUCUUUUACAAUACGGGGCGGACGUGAAUGUAAAAGAUUCUAAUGGCUGGACGCCUCUGCAUGCGGCAGUCCGACGUGGAAACUGGAAAAGUGCGAUUCUUAUGAUCGAGGCAGGUGCAGAUUUCGGAGAAUACGCUCAGACAAGAAUUCAGGAAUAUAACAAAGUGCUUCAAAUGUCGUCCACGUUUUAUCGUUCAGUGGAGAUAUUUGUUUAACCAAGUGUUUCACUUUCUAUGUAUAAAUACACUUUUAUUAGGUACACUUUUCUGUAUUUUAUACCAAAGUGACAAAUUCUGAAUAAUCACCAGGAUAAUAUUACAUAACUUCAGAAUUUCCCUCCUCGAUAUAUUGAAUAUAUAAUCACUAUUGAAUAAAAGAAUAAUUUAACACAAAUUUCGUUUAGCCCGGUUUUUUUUCGUAUUGUUUGCCGUGGUUCGUAUUGCAAAUCGGGCCCACAAGAAGUCCGUAACCCACUUAUGGACUUAGGUAAAAAUAGUAAUACAGCACGUAUCACUAAUCCCUAGGUCAAAUACGAUCACGAUCGACAGUGUUCUCCAAAAACUAUUGGGACAAUGCAAAAUAUUUAAAGUGGAGAGCAUUACGAAGGGUUUCGCCAUUCAGGUUUAAAGUACAUUAAAUUUAACUUUGUCAUAAUUGCAGUUAAGAAGUGCUAUUUUUCAGUGACAUUAUUUUUUAAGGCACUUUUGAAGCAAUUGGAUAUUAGCUCGCAGAACGUUAACACUUAUACCCAGACGAAACUGAACGGGAAAUUUGGUAAUUAUAACUCGAAAUUAGCUGAUAUUGUUUGGGUGGUCUUGCAAACUUAGAGAACUCGAUUCUCUCAACUAAAUUAACUGAAAUUGAGCCAGAGUAGACUUCAGCUCAGUUAUGUCAAUUUUUAUGCCAGGUUCAACAAGGUUACCUAGUUGAAAAGAAGCGAAAUCUUGUUUGUAACAAGUUGGAAACAUUUGUAGGAGUGCAUGGCAAGCAUAGUAUCGAGCGAUAUUUAUCUCGACGGAUUAUGUCCUAUGCUUGAAUGAACAAGAAUUCAAAGUAGGUCAGUUUACAAGUGUCCUGUUUAUUAGAACCCAUUCAAAACAAUGUCGUACGUAAAAUGGACCUAAUUGGUUUAUCGAUAAGCUCACUGGCAGCUUCUCUUCCCUUAUGUUUUGAAACUGAACAGAAUUCUAGGCUUUGGUCUUCACCAGCUGUUUUGUACUUAUCCUGUCUUAAUUAAACAAGUUUCAAAUCGUGAACUCUUUCUUUCCACAAGGUUGAGGCGAAAUAACUCGGCUUUAAAUGAGCGUAACGCGUUUGUAUAUUUGUUUGUGGUUUCCAAAAACCGCAUGCACGUAGCCCGGCAUGACAUCAUUAACCCAAAGUCAUUAACUUAAGGUGCAACUUUUGGAGUUAAUUUGUUAUUCGAUCAAGCAAACAAUGUCCAAUUAAAAUUAUUUUGUAGAUCGCGGGGUGGGAGAGGGGGCUUUCUGACACGAAACCCUUGCGUUUUUAAGGCUCCCAUCACUAUCACCGACGCAAUAUUUAAGGGUAACGCGGGCUCUAGAAAUGGGUACAGCCUCGCCUCUAGUGUCUUCCCGGGCUGCUUCUCCUUUGGAACCAAACAGCUGUCGAACGCAUUGCGCAUGUGCCUUUAUUCCCGCCUAAACUGCUGCUGUACAUAUCAAAUGGAGGUACUUAUGUCAACUUUAAGAAAUUCUCGGGGGUACUCCCCCGUAUGGGCUCUAUAGGUAUGUGCCGCGGGAUAGGGUAUGGUGUUUUGAGGUUCUCGAUCCUUAAAUAGGGUAUCAUUUUCGCCCAUGUUGGCAUAGUGUCCCGGUGUGAUCCUUAGAUAGGGUGCCUAAAUUGUAUCAGAAAAGAUUUACCAUGUUUAUGAUGGCAUAUUAUUAAAGUAGGCUUAAUCUACCAUAAUAUGCUUGAUGUUGACUUCCAGGUAUCACACAGAAACGAAAUAAAGUUGACCCGUUCAAGCUA